ACGUGGAUCUUGAUAUGUGUUUGCAUUGGAUACGAACAUUCUAGACCUUCAUUUGUGACGUCACAUCCUCCUCUAGUAUUAAAGAUCGGGACACGCCGGGCGUAAGAGCAGACCGGUAAAAUUAAGUAAAGGGGAAAGGGGAAGAAAUAGAACAUCAGCAACAUGAGCAAGCCAACACAGCAAGCCAUUGGAAUAGAUCUUGGUACCACAUAUUCCUGUGUUGGAGUUUUCCAGCAUGGGAAGGUGGAAAUCAUUGCCAACGAUCAGGGUAACCGAACCACCCCCAGUUAUGUAGCGUUCACAGACACGGAGAGGCUGGUCGGCGACGCAGCCAAAAACCAAGUCGCCAUGAACCCCAACAACACAAUUUUUGAUGCCAAGCGUCUGAUCGGCAGAAAAUUCAACGAUGCUUCAGUACAAUCCGACAUGAAACAUUGGCCAUUCACAGUGAUCAAUCAAGCAAGUAAACCCAUGAUCAAAGUCGAGUACAAAGGGGAAGAAAAGACCUUCUCUGCUGAGGAAGUCUCAUCCAUGGUCCUCAAUAAAAUGAAGGAAACCGCAGAAGCAUAUCUUGGCAAGACAAUUAACAAUGCCGUCGUCACAGUCCCAGCUUAUUUCAAUGAUUCCCAGCGACAGGCUACCAAGGACGCUGGUACUAUCUCGGGUUUAAAUGUACUACGUAUCAUCAACGAGCCAACAGCAGCCGCCAUUGCUUACGGUCUUGACAAGAAAGUUGGCAACCAAUCGCAAGGUGAGCGCAACGUUCUGAUCUUUGACUUGGGAGGAGGAACCUUUGAUGUCUCAAUUCUCACCAUUGAGGACGGAAUCUUUGAGGUGAAAUCCACAUCUGGAGACACUCACUUGGGUGGUGAAGACUUUGACAAUAGAAUGGUGAACCACUUUAUUCAGGAAUUCAAGCGCAAACACAAGAAGGACAUUUCUGAAAACAAGCGAGCUGUCCGACGUUUGAGGACAGCCUGUGAAAGGGCAAAGAGGACCCUGUCCUCAAGCUCUCAGGCCAGCAUUGAGAUUGACUCUCUGUUCGAGGGUAUCGAUUUCUACACUAGUAUCACCAGGGCUAGGUUUGAGGAGCUGAAUGCCGAUUUGUUCCGAGGCACCAUGGAGCCCGUGGAGAAGGCUCUGAGAGACGCCAAGCUGGACAAGGCCCAGAUCCACGACAUCGUCCUGGUCGGAGGAUCCACACGUAUCCCAAAGAUUCAGAAACUACUUCAGGACUUCUUCAACGGCAAGGAACUGAACAAAUCCAUCAACCCUGACGAGGCUGUUGCUUAUGGAGCAGCUGUCCAGGCCGCCAUUCUGUCCGGAGACAAAUCCGAGGAGGUACAGGACUUGCUCCUGUUGGAUGUCACCCCCCUGUCCCUGGGUAUUGAAACAGCCGGAGGAGUGAUGACCAAUCUCAUCAAGAGAAACACCACCAUUCCAACCAAACAGACGCAGACCUUCACCACAUACUCCGACAACCAGCCAGGUGUGUUGAUUCAGGUGUACGAGGGAGAGCGAGCAAUGACCAAGGACAACAACCUACUCGGAAAGUUCGAGCUGACUGGAAUUCCCCCCGCACCCAGGGGUGUGCCCCAGAUUGAAGUCACAUUUGACAUUGAUGCCAACGGUAUCCUGAACGUGUCAGCUGUCGACAAGAGCACAGGAAAGGAGAACAAAAUCACCAUUACCAAUGACAAAGGUCGCCUCAGCAAGGAUGAAAUUGACCGUAUGGUCAAUGAAGCUGAGAAAUACAAGCAGGAAGACGAGAAGCAGCGUGAGAGGAUCGCAGCCAAGAACGGGUUGGAAAGCUACGCCUUCAACAUGAAAUCCACCGUCGAUGACGAGAAACUCAAGGACAAGAUCAGCGAGGGCGACAAGAAGACAAUCCUUGACAAGUGUGAGGAGAUCAUCAAGUGGAUGGACCAGAACCAACUGGCCGACAAGGAGGAGUUCGAGCACAAACAGAAGGAACUGGAGGGAGUCUGUAACCCCAUCAUCACCAAGCUGUACCAGGCCAGCGGUGGCGCCCCAGGGGGUGGCAUGCCCGGAGGAAUGCCCAACUUUGGUGGUGGAGCCCCAGGAGGUGGUGCCCCCGGCGGUGGUAGCGGUGGUGGACCCACCAUUGAGGAGGUCGACUAAUUAUCUAAUACUCAAUGCUGUACGGGAAAAAUUGACUUGCUACAACGUGUCCUUUAUUACUUAUCUCAAUGCUAUCAAGAGAAUAAAAGACUUGUUAAAAAUCUCUACACCAUCAAAGGAGAACAACACUAAUUUAAUGUGUUCUGAAAUACUAAUCUCUUAUUAUCUAUCGAGAGAAAAUUGACUUGUUGCAAUGUGUCUUUUGCUGAUGUUGAUUAAAAGGUGAAAAAAAUUGAAA